AUGACGACUCCAACUCUAACUCACCGCGAUUAUACAAUCGCGUGGAUUUGUGCCUUGCCGGUUGAAAGGGCCGCUGCUGAGUCUGUGUUUGAUGAAACCCACAGUCCACUUUCACAACUGCCAACUGAUGAAAACAACUACUUGCUGGGUAGAAUGGGCGGCAAAAACGUAGUGAUCGCCUCUCUGCCCUAUGGUGUUUACGGAACAACGUCUGCCACGUCUGUGGUAACUCAGAUGCGACUAACAUUCCCCUUCCUUCGGUUGGGGCUGGUGGUUGGUAUUGGAGGAGGCGUGCCUAACAGAAGCACCGAUAUUCGUCUCGGCGAUGUGGUCGUCAGUGUGCCAAAUGAAACUUCUGGCGGCGUGAUUCAAUACGACUAUGGGAAGACAUGCCUUGAAGGCUCCUUGCAGCGGACGGGUGCGCUCAACAAGCCCCCGCAAAUUCUGUUGACUGCUUUGACCCGGAUGGCCGGCGAUACUAUGCUACCUCGUUCGCAGACUGGAAGGUUUCCAUCUGACUACCUGCAGAUCAUCCGGACAAAGCAGAAGGACUUUGGCCGGCCCGCUAACGAUUGGCUUUUCCACUCGACAUAUGAUCAUCAGAGCAGCAGGAAAGACUGUUCAUCCUGUGACAAGAAUCAGCUGGUGCAGCGUGCACCACGAGCAAAUGACGAACCGUGUGUUCAUUAUGGCUUGAUCGCAUCGGGGAAUCAACUCAUGAAGGAUGCCAGGACACGAGACGCCAUUGCUCGAGAGUUAAACGUACUCUGCUUCGAAAUGGAAGCGGCUGGCAUUAUGGAUCAGCUUCCAUGCCUGGUGGUGCGAGGCAUCUGCGACUACUGUGACUCCCACAAGUCGGAUGAAUGGCAACAAUAUGCAGCUCUUACGGCAGCUGUCUACUCAAAAGCCUUAUUAUCCAUUGUUCCGCCAGUGAAAGGCAAUGUCGCUCAAGACCAGGUACUCGAAAUCACCGAAGAGGGAAAGGCUUGCAUGCAAAAACUGUUUAAACUGAUUACCACUGAUUCAAUGAAGGGCAUGAACGCGUUAAAGCAAGUAGAGAGGGACCGUACUCCUGGGACUUGCAGCUGGAUUUUACAGAAAGAGGAAUUGAAAUGCUGGGUUCAGCGGGACCGAGACAUUGAUGGCCAGGGGCUAAACAUGUUGUGGCUUUAUGGCAACCCCGGGACCGGCAAAUCGACAAUGGCCAUCACACUGGCAGAGGAACUCCCGAGAACCGACUAUUUCUCGAAUGGAGACAGGGUUCUUGCAUCCUUCUUCUGCGACUCCGGCUCUGAAUUCCGAAGAAUGGAGAUUUGCAUACUGCGAGGCCUUCUAUAUCAGAUAAUCAGUCAAUACCCGCCUUUCCUAAAACCACUGCUCUCAAAAUAUAGGAUCCAGGGGAAGCAUCUCUUCACAUCGUUUGAUGCUCUAUGGGCCCUAUUAUUGGAUAUUGGCCGGGUCCCUGGUGGGCCUGAAAUUUACUGCAUUAUCGAUGCUCUGGACGAAUGCAAUUCUGACUCACAGGAAACCUUGCUGCGACAAAUUGACCACUCGUUCAAUAACCCGAGGCCUACUUGUUCAGCCCCGUCUAGCAUACAUCUGUUAAUUCUCAGCCGUCCAUAUCCCGAACUUGAACAAUACCUAUCCGCAUUCAAAAGCAUGGACUUGGGGUCGUGUCGAGAGAUCACAAACGACCUCAGAGCGAUGAUUAAGGACAGAGUGGAGGGCCUUGCUAGGCGCAGAAAAUACCCUAAAUCAGUGUUUGAGAAAGUGUCCCAAAUCUUGGAGGAAAAGGCUGCUGGGACAUUCCUCUGGGUAGGAAUUGCCUGUGCCAAAUUGGCUCGGGUGCAAUCCAGAAGGGCAGUAGAGACCCUGCAAGCUCUCCCGCAGGAACUACAUUCGCUUUAUCGGAAACUCCUCCUUGCAGCCGUCUCAGACUGUGACGAGGACGAUCAUCGAGUAGUAAUGGAGAUACUGGGCUUUGUUGCAUUCGCCCAGCGACCCCUGACGAUCAUAGAAAUGGCCGAAGCAUGUCGAUUAUAUCUUGACACAGAUAUGGAGAGUCGCCUUCAAUUCACGCGGGAACUGAUCGAACUGUGUCGCUUACUGAUUGUCAUCGACAAUGGCCAUGUGCGACUUUUGCAUAGUUCUCUCGAAACGUGGGGCAGGUGGCUGGAUUAUUACAGCUACCUGAAAGGAAGCUCAUAUAGAGAAUUGUGUCCUGGCCUUGCUCCCAUUCACGUUGCAGCCCACUGGGGAAUUCUCCCUUUAAUCUCAUUCUUGCUCCCAGCGAGCUUGGAAGACAAAGAUUCCCGCGGCCAAACCCCGCUGCUUAUUGCAGCCCAGGCUGUUCAGAUUGAAGCUAUGCGUUUCCUAGUUGAACGUGGCUCUUAUGUGAAUUCUGUGAACAAUUAUCAUGAAAACGCCCUGCAUAUCACUUGCCAGAACAGUCAGUACAACAACUGCGCGAUGACAAAGUUCCUACUUGACCGGGGGACCUCUCCAUAUGUCUGCGAUAAAGAAAAUAUGACACCUUUUCUUUACGCAAUUGGACACCAAAAAGAAGACCUAGCAAGGGUUUUUCUUCAGAACGGAUUCUACGUGGACUUCAGGAUUCGAAGGCGGUGCUGGACCGGGAGAAUGGUGAACAAUUGCAUUUCAUAUGAAGUGGACCACAGCCCAGAACAACAUUCGAACCUAGGCGUGCAAUCAGGUUUAACGGCGCUUCAUUUCUCUGCCCUUAAUACUUCCGCGAAAAUGGCGACCUUACUACUCCAAUAUGGGGCUGAUCCAAAUGCUCGUUCCGAUACUGGUGACACGCCACUGCAUCUGGCGAUUAGACCCAAGCUCCUCGAGCACAAUGACAGUGUCGAUGUCAACUUAGCCAACGACCAAGGGGACUAUCCACAGCAUGUGAUUCCCUUUGAAAGGGACUAUGCGUCAUCUAUUCUAUGCAAACUCGUUGCGAAAGGCGCCGAUAGUUCUAGGCUAAACGGGGCCGGCCAGAGCUGUCUUCACCUUGCGAGCAAGGCAGGCAACUUGGAGGUUGUUCGCAAACUUGUAAAUGGAGGCCAUGACAUUCUGAUGCCGGAUAUCGAUGGGUUGAGCCCGUUUCACUAUGCGCUACGUGGCCGUUAUUUACAAGUCGUACGUUUCAUGUCUACGGCCUGUGAAAGCCUGCUUUCGAAGACUUGGCGUUCACUUGACCACUUCGGCAAGAAUCCUCUACACCAUCAUGUUUCGUCCAUCUUCUGCUCGGCUGAGAUGAUUGAUUUUCUCGUACAAUGUGGCUGCAAUGUCAACGACGUUGAUAGGGAGGGAAACUCCGCCCUCAGUCUAUACAUGAGUUCAUCCCAUCUGUAUAUUGAUAGAGAGAUCUUCCAGCUCCUUCUGGACAAAGGUGCCGACCCGCUCUGUGUCAACCACCACAAGGAGAAUCUGGCACAUCUCUUCAUGCACUACAGGGAAGAAGGCAUUGGAAUCCUUCAGAUUCUGUUAAAGUGUGGAGUGGAUCUGGCAGCAAGGGAUCUUGAGGGGAGAACUGUUAUGCAUCAUGGUGCCAUUCAUGGUGUGUUCGACCAUCACCUCGGAGAGUUUCUUCGAGAGCACGGCGUUUUGGACCCGAAUGUCAGGGAUUUUCAAAAUAAGACGCCCCUCGAUUACGCAGUGGAGCAGAGUCGUCGCACAUGGCCGCAAGACUACUCUGGAUUAGAUGAUCGAUGGGACAGAUCAUUCAAUUGUUUGAAGUUCUGGAGCCACUUCUGCAUUGCUUGA